CUGAAUGACCUGAACAUGGACCCGUCUUCCCCUGUGUUUCCAGCAGCCUUUCUGGAGCGAACUGCCUCGCAGCUCGGAUGCCGUCCAGCCGACGAGAAACUUGCUCUUCACUUAGAUGAAGAAGAUGAGUUAAAGCACCUUCGUGAAUGUUUCUAUAUCCCAAAAGUCAAGGAUCUGCCUCCAACUGAUCUGAGCCUGGUGAAUGGUGAUGAAAGCUGCAUAUACUUUGCUGGGAAUUCUCUUGGGCUCGAGCCAAAAAAAGUUAAGACCUACUUGGAUGAAGAGCUGGACAUGUGGGCGAGAACAGGUGUCCAUGGCCAUUUCAAUGGUAAGCGCCCGUGGGCUUUGGCAGACGAGUGCAUCGUGGACCUGAUGGCUGAGCUUGUGGGGGCCCAAAGACAGGAAGUAGCCUUAAUGAAUGGGCUAACUGUUAAUCUGCACCUCCUGCUGCUAUCUUUUUUUAAGCCUACACCCAGACGCUAUAAAAUUCUUCUAGAAGCCAAAGCUUUUCCCUCCGACCAUUAUGCUAUCGAAUCCCAGCUUCAACUUCAUGGGCUGGACGUGGAGGAAAGCAUGCUCAUGAUACGGCCGCGGGAGGGGGAGGAGACCUUGAGAGCUGAAGAUAUCCUUGCCAUAAUUGAGAAGGAAGGGGACUCUAUUGCCGUAAUUCUGUUCAGUGGAGUGCAGUACUACACAGGACAGCUGUUUGACAUCCCUCGAAUAACAAAGGCUGGCCAAGAAAAGGGUUGCUUUGUGGGAUUUGAUCUGGCUCAUGCUGUUGGUAACGUAGAACUUCAUUUGCAUGACUGGGGAGUAGAUUUUGCCUGCUGGUGUUCCUACAAGUAUUUAAAUUCUGGAGCAGGAGGCCUAGCUGCUGCCUACAUCCACGAGAAGCAUUCCAAGAGUAUUAAACCAGCGCUAGUUGGCUGGUGGGGUCAUGAAUUCAAAACACGAUUCCUCAUGGAAAACAAAUUGCAACUAAGUGAAGGAAUUAAUGGCUUUCGGUUAUCGAAUCCUCCAAUUUUACUGGUCUGUGCUCUGCAAGCUAGUUUAGAGGUUUUUGGUCAAGUCACAAUGAAAGCGUUGAGAAGGAAAUCCAUUCUACUUACUGGUUACUUGGAAUACCUGAUAAAACAUCACUACAGUGAGGAUAAAACAAAUCCAGAGAAGCCUUUUGUUAAAAUAAUCACCCCACCUCAGACCGAGCAAAGAGGAUGCCAACUCACGCUAUUUUUUUCUCUUCCAAUCAAAUCUGUAUUUAAAGAGCUGGAGAAGAGAGGAGUAGCUUGUGACAUGCGAGAACCCAACGCUCUUCGUGUUGCCCCAGUUCCUCUCUACAAUUCUUUCCAUGAUGUGCACAGAUUUAUCGAAAUCCUGGGAUCUGCAAUUACCGCUUCAAAACAAACAGCAAACAAUACCGUGCUAUCUGCUUCUAAUUGA